CGCUGUCCAUCGAUUGCCCUAGCACACGCCGCUACACACCUCUAUGGUUUUGCGGCAAAAAAAAAAAAGUUUUUUGCGAAAAUUUGUGAGUUUACGAGAAGCAGCCAACUAAAUGGUUUAGUUUCGCUAAGUAGACGAUCAAUUGCUGGAGGCCAGUUUUACCAAGUACCGGCUGGGUGCAUUUAGCAGGAGUAAAGGAGACCAUUCGACUGCUGCGUAUUGAUAGGGCAGGUUGGUGUGCGAGUCGUUGCUGUUCAUCAACUGGCGAAAUUAAUAAUGUGUACCCCCAUGCCGUAUCAUCCUCCCACCUGCAGUCAGCCGAUGUGUCAAUGUUAAUCGCGCUCUUCGCGCUUGCACACUUGCCAAUCUUUCGUAAGACGCCUUUGUCAGCCUCCUCCUCCCCGCCGCCGUCUGUCCACCGGUCGCCAAGGUGUGGCAAAGCAAGUACCGCGUACCAUCCACCGCCAGCAGACGCCUGCAUCAGCAUUACUGCUUCAGCCAUUGACGCAGCAUCCGGGAUGAGCAACAGCGCCGAACAGGACAAGCCGAUUGCCGCCAACGGCAAUGCGGCAGAGCCCCAGGAAAUAGAAGUCAUCCAUUUCCAAGCGCAAGAGAAGCAGUGUUGCCGCGUUAUUAGAUCCAAUAAGACCAAGGUCCUCACAUCCGGCGGCGUUCACACACGCGGUUCCUCCAAGGUCAAGCUAAAGAACAUCGUCGACUACAAGUGGGAGCGCAAGUACUACUAUCCGGGUCACCUGGUCGCUGUCCACCGCGAUGGCAAGCACCUGGCGUACGCCAUUAAUGUCAACAACAAAGCCACCGGAAUGGAGGGCAUGGUGCGCGUAUGCAACAUAGCCACCAGUAUGCGAGCCUUGAUCAAGGGAAUGAGCGGCGAGGUCUUAGAUCUGCAGUUUGCCCAUACGGAUUGUGAGCGUAUAUUAGCUGUGAUCGAUGUCAGUUCGCUGUUUGUCUACAAAGUCGAUCAAAUCGAAGGGAACCUGCUGUGCAAUCUAGUGCUAAAGGUGGAGGACCCCAUCGCCAACUAUGUGCCGGAGUACGAUAUGGUCUCCUGGUGUCCCUAUGUCUGCAGCAGCAGCGCCACCGUUCCAAUCAACGACGAUGACGAUGAGAAUCAGCUGCUCAUUUGGUCGCGAAGCUCUCAAUUUCAAUGCUUUCAAGUGAAGAUGAUUGUCUCUGAACAUGGGCGCGGCAAGAUCCAACCAGCAGCCCUAGAAUCUGGAUAUCUGAAGAUUGAGGAGGACUCGUUGAUCACGUGCGCCGCUUUGUCCCCGGAUGGCACCACUGUGGCUGCUGCUUGCGCCGAUGGCUUGGUUCGUUUCUACCAAAUUUAUUUGUUCGAUGUGCGCAACCAUCGCUGCCUGCACGAGUGGAAGCCACAUGAUGGCAAAAAAGUCUGCUCUCUCUUUUUUCUCGACAAUAUCAACAAGCCUGUGGAAGAAUCCUACUGGCAGCACGUGAUCACUACGAGCGAUGCCAAUACCGAAAUCAAGCUCUGGAACUGCUCGCUAUGGAAAUGCCUCCAAACUAUCAAUGUGGUGGCCAGUCCGUCAUCUUUGCAGCCCAGAAACUUUAUCGCGGGCAUAGAUCGCAGUGCGAACUACUUGGUGUUGUCUUGCCUGGACUCUCUGGCCGUGUAUGUAAUGCAGAUUGGCAGUACUGGCGGCGCAGACUCCGAGAAUAGGAGUAGCGAUAGCGAAGGAGAAGGCUGCGACACUUCCAAACGCAUUCAGAAUGUUGCCGAAUUCAAGCUGAGUUCGGGGAUUCUCUCUUUUUCUAUUGUAAACGCUAGUAUGCGUCGCGUUAAGAACUCCAUCGAGAGCUACUAUCCUAUUGAGGAGCCCGAUGACUUCGAUGACGAUUCCAAUUCCACCAGUGCCCUUGUGCUGCACAUGUUUGUGGUGCAGGCAAAGAGCCUGCAGGAAUGUCAAAUAAUCUACCAGCCAUGUGUGGCUGAAAAGACGGAGCGGAGCAGCCUAAACAGCAAGCGAUCACAGACGCCAGAAGACAAUCUGCUAAUCAAAGAGGAGCCGGAAUCCCCCAACAGUGGAACUGUGGGUGCUGUUCAGCUGGAUGCAUUAUUCGCAAAAUCCGCAAAGAGAGCUUCAACGGGCAGUUCAUCUGCCAUGGUGGCCGUGGCGGCAGCCGCGGCUGCGGCACCUUCGGCCAUCCUGCAGGACGCCACUAAGGAGGCGGCCAAGUCAGAGUCCCCGCAACUAAGCAGCGCGUAUACGCAGCAGGUUAAUCUCAUGACUCCAGAUGCCUUCAGUGCAAGCGGAACCGCAGCGGCAGCAGCUGUAUUUGUGUCUACCAGCACCACAACUUCAAUAGGAACUGAUAGCUCUACCACCACCAGCGGUCAGGAUAGAUCCAUUGAUUCAGCGGUUCUGCAAACUAUACGAAUGCUGGCCACGGUAACGUCCAAGACUUCCGAAAACCCCAAUGCCGAGGUACUCCUCAACCUAAUGAACAACACCCUAAUCGAAGAUCGCGAGCAACAAAAGCUGAAGGAAAAGCUUGACGCUCGCAAGAAGUUCAUUGCAAUUGAUCGCAAUCCAGAGCGGAAUGUGGCUGAGAACUUGGCCAGCGGCAGUUCGAGUCCGAGUCGAGAGGUGCAGGAGAUAAUGGCCACACAGGACGAUGCCGAUGCCUACGAAGCAGAGCUAGAGAAUCUGGACGACGAUGAUGACGAUGAGGAAGAAGAGCUGGCAAAUUCAUCACCGCUCCCGGAAGCUGUUGACGGAACAUGGCCCAUUGUCAAGCUGUCAUCCCACUCAGCUGAGCUCCAGAAUGCUGCCCAGAUCAUGUCCCAGGCGGUGCAGAACACCAACAAUGGCAAUGUGCCGCCUACGCUAGGUGGAGGGCACAAUAAUAACACAAGUGUAGGCAGCAAUAGCAACAACAACACGGCUACAACUCUUAGCACCAGCAACACCAGCAGCAGCAACAACGCGGGCGGAACAUGCGUUGAUUCAAGUGGAACUGGAGAGCUAAAUGCCAAAAUGGAACUACUCAUAGAUCUAGUAAAAGCCCAGUCCAAACAAAUAAACAAAUUGGAGAACGAAGUCAACAAGCUACAAAAGCAGCAAGAAGCGGCGGCGGCCCUGCAUAGCAAACAAGACACUUCAUUGGAGCCUAAAAAUCUUAGUCAGCUAGCAUAUAAAAUUGAGAUGCAACUGUCCAAGCUAAUGGAGCAGUAUCUCAAGCGAUAUGAAAACGAGCAUAAGAAGAAACUGACGGAAUUCUUGGCGGCGCGUGAGAGCCAAAACCGAGAGCUACGUGACUCCGUGCUGCAGGUACUAAAUCAGUAUGUCAUGAACCACUUUACGGACAUUAUUGGCAACGUUCUCAACAUGGAACUGCAGCGCCAACUGCUUCCUCGCGUGAAUGCCAACAUGGAUCAGCUCCAAGCCCAAAUGCAAGUGGAGAUUGUGCAGAAGCUGAGUGUGUUUGACAAAACGGUGAAGGAGAAUAUUGCCCAGGUGUGCAAGAGCAAGCAAUUUCUGGAUACUUUUGGCAAGUCCGUGUUGAUUGGUGUUCAAACCAGCCUACAAACCGCCUUCAUUGAAUCUAUGAGCAGCACCUUGAUUCCAGCUUAUGAGAAGUCCUCGCAGAACAUGUUUAAACAACUGCAUGACGCUUUCAGCGUGGGCAUAAAAGACUUUAUGGUCCAGUUUAACACCUACCUGCAGCACAUGCCACAGCCCCAAGCCGGGAGUGGCAAUACGGAGGAGAUAAACAACAAGUUGUCCAUGCUUAAGCAAUUGGUAGAGAGCAGCUUGCACAAGCACCGCACUGAACUCACGGACGCCAUGCUCGAGACACAAAGAGAAGUGAAGAGCUUAGAGAUUUUGCUGGCGCGUCAGGUACAGGAAACGAUCAGAGCAGAGCUACGCAAGCACAUGGAAGCCCAGAACGUGGCAAUGCGUUCGCAGGCAGCUACGCCUGCACCACCUUACGACCUCAGGGACAGCAUUAAGCAGCUUUUGAUGGCUGGACAAAUCAACAAGGCCUUCCAUCAGGCUCUAUUGGCCAACGACUUGGGCCUAGUGGAGUUCACUCUCCGACACACGGACAGCAACCAGGCAUUCGCACCAGAGGGAUGCAGACUGGAGCAAAAGGUUCUACUGUCGCUCAUUCAGCAAAUAUCCGCUGACAUGACCAAUCACAAUGAGCUUAAGCAGAGAUAUCUCAACGAGGCACUGUUGGCCAUCAAUAUGGCAGAUCCCAUUACCCGCGAGCACGCUCCUAAAGUGCUCACCGAGCUGUAUCGCAAUUGUCAGCAGUUCAUUAAGAACAGCCCCAAGAAUUCGCAGUUCAGCAACGUCCGUCUGCUGAUGAAGGCAAUCAUAACGUACCGCGAUCAGCUAAAAUGAUAUCAAGAGAACUAUAACCUGGCCAGUGGCUGGUUUUGAUAGAUUACCCAUCCGAUCCCCAUCCAAGAUAGUUAAUCUAUGACCACAAACACAUUUAUAAAUACACGCUUGUAGUUAAGUCCAAAAAGAAGUUAGUAUGCUAAAAAGCUCUCAGCUAAGUUCAUCCCUUAAAAAGUUGAAAUUGAAUCUAUGCCUUUCAUUUUAUUGUUUAUUUGUUUUGUGCGUGAUUUGUUUAUAGUAAGGCCGUAUAUCUAAUGUUUAUGUCGCUAUAUCAAAAUUGUAUUAUCUUUAUAAUGAUUCGCCUACUAAAUUGCAAUAUAUUUUUUUAUUAUUUUAUUUUUGCGUUCCUUUUAUUUUCCUUUUUAUCUUUAUGACGCUUAAUGAACAAAAGAAAACACACAAAAACAAGAAUAGGAGCUGUAGAAACUUAUUUAAAAAUUAUUUUCAAAACUAAAGCAAACUUUAUUAUGACGGACAAAACAAAAAAAUUAUUAGAUUGCAAAUGCAAAAACUACAAGUAAAUCGUAGAAUUUAAGCU